AUGAGUGAGAGUAAGGUAGUUGAGGCAAAACCUCAAAAACACAUUCAAGAUUUCGAUCCUAAAAAGAAACCUAAGCGAAACAAUUAUGCUUUUGCUUGUGCUAUGUUAGCUUCCAUGACUUCCAUUUUACUUGGAUACGAUAUUGGUGUUAUGAGUGGAGCUGCAAUCUACAUAAAAAGAGAUCUUAAAUUAACGGACACACAGGUUGAGGUUAUGAUGGGAAUCAUAAACAUCUACUCUCUCAUAGGUUCGUGUCUUGCCGGCAGAACCUCCGAUUGGAUUGGUCGCCGUUACACCAUCGUUUUUGCCGGUGCUAUCUUCUUCGUCGGAGCCUUACUCAUGGGUUUCUCGCCAAACUAUGCUUUCCUCAUGUUUGGCCGUUUCAUUGCCGGAAUUGGCAUCGGCUACGCCCUCAUGAUUGCCCCAGUUUACACCGCUGAAGUCUCCCCCGCUUCCACCCGCGGCUUCCUCACAUCUUUUCCUGAGGUUUUCAUAAACAGUGGAAUAUUACUUGGAUACGUAUCAAACUUUGCAUUUUCAAAACUAUCCCUUAAAAUAGGUUGGAGAAUGAUGCUUGGAGUAGGAGCAGUUCCUUCAGUAAUCCUAGCCGUCGGAGUAUUAGCCAUGCCGGAGUCACCGCGAUGGCUCGUAAUGAGAGGCCGGUUAGGAGACGCAAUAAAAGUACUCAACAAAACCUCAGACUCUAAAGAAGAGGCUCAGCUUAGAUUAGCCGAGAUAAAACAAGCCGCCGGAAUACCGGAAGAUUGCAACGACGAAGUUGUUCAGGUAAAAAACAAAAACACCGGUGAGGGUGUAUGGAAAGAGCUUUUCAUUUAUCCUACACCCGCAGUUCGUCAUAUUGUUAUAGCAGCACUCGGGAUUCAUUUUUUUCAACAAGCAUCAGGCAUAGACGCCGUCGUUUUGUACAGUCCUAAGAUCUUCGAAAAAGCUGGAAUCAAAGGUGACACACAUAUUCUUCUUGCAACAAUAGCCGUUGGAUUUGUUAAAACAGUGUUUAUCUUAGUGGCUACUUUUAACUUAGACAAAUUCGGUCGUCGUCCGAUGCUGUUAACGAGUGUCGGAGGUAUGGUGAUCUCGCUUCUCACACUAGCUGUCAGCCUUACGAUCAUUGAUCAUUCGAAAACGAAACUAAUCUGGGCCAUUGGAUUGAGUAUAGCAACUGUUUUGUCUUAUGUUGCCACGUUUUCGAUAGGUGCGGGACCCAUCACGUGGGUGUAUAGUUCUGAGAUAUUUCCUUUGAGAUUGAGGGCACAGGGUGCAGCUAUGGGUGUUGUGGUGAAUAGGGUUACUAGUGGGGUUAUUGGAAUGACUUUUUUGUCUCUGGAAAAAGCGAUUACUAUUGGUGGAGCUUUUUUUCUUUUUGGAGGUAUUGCUACAAUUGCAUGGAUAUUUUUUUAUAUUAUGCUUCCUGAAACACAGGGGAAAACGCUUGAAGAAAUGGGAGAGUCUUUUGGGAAAAUUUGGGCGAAACCGAAGAAUGCUAAGGGAGUUGAGAAUGAUAAUGAACGUGUAUCGCAAGUUCAGUUAGGGACCAAUGUGUCAACUUGA